UUUUACCGGACAGUCCCUUAGAAAUAAUGUAACCAUAUUAUGUUAGGGCUGUUAGUACAUCUUUUUUUGUAAGCAUUAUUUUCUGACCGUCAAAACUAACUACAAUAGUAUAAAUAUACUAAGACGCUGGGCAAUAUGCAAGCCUAAUAUGUAGAGCUUGCCACACUUUUUCUAUAAGUAUUUCACAGUUUCUUAAGGCGGAUUGUGGUUUCUCUGAAAAAAUUCAGUUUUACACAUGCUGCAGCACCAACUGUAUUUUGUUUAUGUCUUAAUAGCAUCUGCAAUUAAUCAUUGGACACAUGUAAAAACUUAAGAUCUUGUCUAUAUUGCCACUUUUAAGGCUCUAUUAAGUGUUUAUAUGUGAAAAAAAAAUUUUGAUAGCGUAUUUGAAAUAUUGUUUAAGAUAAGUAUAUAUGUAUCCAUGCUUAGAUGUUCAAAAUGCUAAGCAUAUUGAGGCUAAAGCCAUUUACCCCAUUUUUAUUAAAAAGUGUGUACUGGAGUGACCACUGCCUGAAAGAACUGGAAAAUUUGAAAAAUUGAUUUAGUCCCUGGAAACAUGAAAAAAAAGUCCUUUAAUCUUUGUUCUUUCUUCUGUUCUUCCUCCGUUUUUUUCUCCUGUUGAAUGCUGCCUCUAAUAAUUAAAUGUGAGUUUUUUAAGUACUGACUUAUAAUUGAUUACAUUGAACUCUUUAUUUUGUAACCUUUGUAUACAUUGCUACAACUCGAAUCAGCUGUUAAUUCAACUUGUUUGUAACGCAAUUUUUGUAAACAUUGUCCUUAAAAAUCACUCAAUUUCUAUUGAAGUUGUUUAAAAAAGUGUUGGGAAGUCCUGGAAUUUUGUUCAGAAAAGUUACAAAGGUUUGGCUAAAUGAUCAAAAUUUAAUUUGCAAGCCACAGAAACUCCUGCAUCUGCAGCAAAACUGUCAGUUGCACAUCAAGUAAAGAGCUCCUCGAUGAAUAAUUUGUUGUCUUUGGAUCAUUCUGGACCAACCACACCAGAUGUAAAACCGUCUGCAAGCAGUAAUGAUUUACUCAACUUCGGCGUAUUUUCUGAUCCCGUUCCUACGCAUCAAGCACCAGAUCCGUUUCAGAUGAAUGAUCUGUCAAAUAGUUUACGGCAAAUUCAACGUACAAACGACCUAUUUCAAAAUAGUGAAGUCUAUUUUCACAUAGAUCCUCCUGUGAUGCCGCCUCCUUACCAAAUGGACAGGAUGCAUCUUAAAAAUCAGCAACAAAUAGUCUUAAAUCAGCAAAGAGGUUAUAACCCGCUAGCGUCCACUCGAGGUUUUAACCUACUUCAAGGUAAUUACAAUCAAUUUAAUUUUGGGAACAAGUUCACCCAGCAAGCUUACAACCCAAAUAUGUACGGUAAUUUGAUGAAUCAGCAAAUGGGAGGGUCUUUCCCAAGCAACACGCAACAAAGUCAUGUGGGUAACACGAUGGGACAAAAUGUAAUGGGGAACAUUACCCCUUGGUCAGCUAACCAAAACAUGUCUGAAGGAAUGGCGCAACAACAACAGUUAUAGUAAUGUGUCGAUGAACUUUAAUAUGAAUAGUGGAAUGCAAAGUAUGUAUGUACAUGCAAUGAAUAAUCAACUGUAUUAUUAGCUAAUUAUAGGUUAAUUUCGUUAAGGUUAUAAAUUAUUGCGGACAGUAAUAAUUGUAGCAUAGAUAUUCGCAGUUUUCGACUUCGCUAAGGAUUUUACGACAAAUUAUUCUGUGAGGUCAGUGUCAAUUUUCAGUUUUUUUGGGGGUUUGAGGAUGUACUAAGGAUUUUGUUACAAUUUGAGAUUUCAGUCAAUUUGCGGUUUGUAACUGUUUUCGAACGCCUAUUCGUGUUUAAAAUAUCUUUGCGUAUCGAAAUUAAAGGCACUUUUUGCAUGAACUGACAUAAAUUAUGUCAAUUAUGCGCAAACUGACAUAAAUUAUGUCACAAUAAUUCAUAUAUUAAUUUUUGUCCGCAAUACUUUACAGCCUUUCAAUGUUGAUUUUACACAAGUUGUUUAGUGAAGUGAAUUUCAAACCCAUCCAAAGAUAAUUCUCUUUUCCUGCAUAUCAUUUAUUAUUUUUAGAUUUUAAUCCCCCUAUUAUGUUUGCAUUUUAACCUGAUUUUUGUAGCAUUUUACUUCAUUGUUAUUUUUCAUCGAUAAUCAAUAUUUUUUUUUGAUCAAACGUUUUUGUUGUUAGCCUAAAGUGAACGUGUGAACAAUUUUAGCGGGUUUAUUGAGACAAACUUGAGAAGCACUAACAUUGUUAUAUAUUUCUUUAAAUUUGUAAAUUUCGAUUGGUUGCAGGGAAAUGAAUGUUAAAUUUCAUAGA